CUGGACACCAGGAAGUACCAACGCCGAGGAAUAAGCAUCAGUUUGUCGAGGUAAAAUCCCAAACACCUCCUAUUCCUGCUCAUUAUUAGUGCACUGUAUGGGCUAUACGGCGUGGCGUCUACACCCUAACUAGUGCCCUUUAUCAACAAGAUCGAGCAGUUUAGGAUUCAACCUACAUUUUGCUGGAGGAAAUUCACCGAAGGCAUAACGUAACACUGGUCAGUGAGCUGGUCUGGUGCUGGGCACUUUAGGAUAUUUUAUUAUAGCAUUGCUUGACGCAUCAGUGAUCGAAGUCAUUUCUCUCAACAGAAACAAUGUCCGACUUUGUGAUUUUAUCCUUGAUCCUGUUUUUGGUCGUGUGUCUCAUCCUGACAAUUGCUGCUUUCGUGUUUUUCUCCGGACUGCUGUCUGAGGUCGUUGUCCGGACAGGAUCUCCCCCGAUCAAAAAGAUCACUAUUGCGUACAAGUUUAAGAAGGGAUCGUACCGGGAGCGCGGAUCCGCCUUCACCGAGAGCUGCAGCAUCGCCCCUAAGCUCUGCUCUGUUGGUGUGUAUUAUGACAACCCCAGCGAGGCUGAAGGUGAUUGUUUUCGCUAUGCAGUGGGGAGUAUUCUGAGCCAGGACGAAGAAAAACCGGAUGAAGAAUUGCAGCGUCUGUAUGAGAAGUUUGGAUUUCGGGUCAUCUCCUUCCCAGAGAUCUCCUGUGCUGUGACUUCCUCUUUCCCUAACCGAUGCAUGCUGUCCCCCAUCUGUGGGGCGUACAGAGUCUUCCCUGAGCUCCACAGCUACAUCACAGAAAGAGGUCUGUCUGCAUACCCCUUCAUCGAGAUCUGUAAAGGGGAACUAAUCCAGUACAUGUGCCCACUAGAGAAGCAGGACAGCUUUUUUGUGCCUGAACUCCUCGAGAAGCAAACAGAGGGAGAAGAGGAAACAGAGAAUGACAAAGACGCAGACGAUACUCACGCAGGUGAAGGCUGCACAUCUGAGAGCGGCAUAGCGGUGAUGGAGGCCGACCCUGAGAGCAGCGAGAUAGGAGAGAGCUCCUUGCCUGUGGUGCAGCAGAGUCCACCACUGGAUGAGAGAGAUUCUCAGACGGAGGAAGGAGAUCAGGGGGCCAAGGGUUCGAGCGAGUCUGUAGGAAGCGGUUCGUCUUUUGAAGAACUGGACAUGGACAUAGAUGAAGAGGAGAAGGAAAGGGAAGAUGUUGAAGAGGAUCAUGUGGAGGACAAUGAAAAAAGAGGAAUUAAUGAAGGAGAGAGUAAUGAGGGAUAGAACACGUAUGUGCAUGUCUGAAGUAGUUAAUGAGUCUUCUGUUUCUUGUUCUCUUGUCAGCUUGAGGUGCUUCUUAGUCACCUAGGCAAAGUCUUAACAAAUGUAAACAGACCUUUAAUAAUAAAUUGGCAGUUUUUAUAAACACAUGGCAGUCUUAUUGCAGGUCACCUAAACUUUAUGUACCUAACCUUAAAAUAACCCUUAAAGGCAUUUCCUCAGCUCGCUAAUUCCAGUCCAGUAUCUUCUAUAAUAUUUCAUAAAAGCUGCCAGUUAUUUGAGAAAGGAGACCCUGAUGAUUUUUAAUCAGUGUUUCGCACCUGUUUCAGCAUCUUUGAGGCAAUAAACUAAUGACACCAGGCACAAAUAAUGUAUUUCCUUACAGUGUAAUCAAAGCCUGCACUACUGAAAUGAUUUCUGAAGUGGAAAAAAUGUAAAGAAAAUGGAUAACUUAUGUAGGGAGUUCUAACUAUUAAUUCCAGAAUAUGUAACCAAACAAAUAUGUAUUUAUAGAACAAAUGAUAUGUAGACAAUGAUAUACGAUUUGUUUACUCAAUCAUGAAUUAACUGCUCUUAUUUCCAGAUUAUGUAUGUCUGUCUAGUCAGUUGUUUUUUAAUGGUGUUAAAGGGAGCUAAAUGUUUUGUGUGUGUGUGUGUGUGUGUGUUUGCUGUGACUGUUAACUUUAACUACAGGCUGUUCAUUAUAACUAUAAGUCUCUAUCCAUCGGGGAAAUGAACACUUUUUAGCAAACUGUAGCUUAUUUACAAAACAUUCUCUACAUGAUUGCCAUUUUUUGUGUCUCACACAGAGACGUUUCUCCCAACUUUGGUUUCCUGUUAAAUUCCAUUGCAAUCUUGUGACAGCUUUCUGAUUAAUAGUAAUGGUAUGUUCUUUUAUAAAAGAUGAACGUGUUCAAAGGCAUUUUGUCACAGGCUACCUAAAAUAACAUAUACACAUAUAUAAAUAUAUAUAUAUAUAUUAAUUAUUUUGGAAGACGUUUUGCUAAAAAUUGUCCUCUAAGUAUGGAGACUUUUGGGGAAACCUGCAGUUACAGCUCCAUAGAAAAACAGUCCUAUCUUUACUGCAUGUGCCAGAUGUGUUUGUUGUUAACAUCUUUCAAGAAAUCUAUGGACAAACUAUGGACUGAAAUAAAAUAAUAAUCUAGUCUCUAUUUUUAAAUAGUGUGAUUCUUUAGUUUUAUAAUCAAUGUUCAGCAUAUCAGCCACAUCAGAGAUAUUUUAUGAUAUUUUAAAUAUUCUAUGAUACUCUAGGUUUAAGUAUAAUAUACAUCAUUUGCAAGUUUUGGGUAGUUUGUUUAACAUGAGAGUCAUUUCAUUCCAGAGAUACUGAUAUUUUUAUUUAGGGUUUUUUUUUUAUUACACUCAUGUAAAUCUGACGAUAUGAAUAUAU